GAACCAGACCCAUUCCUGUCCUUCCCCCCUAGGACUAUAAUCUUUUCUUAAACCCUAAACACGCGCCCACUCUCUCAGCUCAGCACGAAGCAGCAAUGGCGGACGUAGUUCAAUACCGUCUCGAGCGCAUGGUGGACGAGCUCGAUGACCUCGAAAGUCGAGGUAUCUUCACUCGUCGCGAGAUCGCCGAGAUAGUUAAGCAACGUCGCAAGUUCGAAUACCGACUCAAGCGGCCUUCUCCCCUCAAGCAAGAUUUCAUUGCCUAUAUCGACUACGAGACUCAGCUCGACGCUCUCCGCCGGCUCCGUAAAAAAGCUGCAACUCGUGAACUCUUGCGCCAAGGAAAGAAGAAGAUCAAGACGAGAAAAUCGGUUUCCGAUUUCGCCCCCGUCUCGAGAAUCAUGGAGAUAUAUAGACUUGCCGUUAUGAGGCAUAAAGGAGAUGUUGAGCUUUGGUUUCGGUAUCUUGAGUUUUGUAGGCAGAGAAAGAAUGGGAGAAUGAAAAAGGUUUUGGCCCAAGUGAUUAGGUUCCAUCCUAAGCUGCCAGGAGUUUGGAUAUAUGCAGCAGCUUGGGAAUUUGAUCAUAAUUUGAAUGUGGCAGCUGCUCGUGCUUUAAUGCAAAGUGGUUUGAGAAUGUGUCCUAACUCAGAAGACCUUUGGGUAGAGUAUCUUAGGAUGGAACUUACUUACCUUAACAAGCUAAAAGCUCGAAAGGUUGCUCUUGGGGAGGAUAAAGGAACCUUAGUUCGUGAUAAAAAGGAUGCCGAUGAAAAGCAAUGGAAGGAGGAAAACAAAGAUUUGUUUAUGUCCCUUGAUGAUGAAGACAAAGAAAACAAUGAUCAUGUGUCAGAUGAAGAGUCUGGGAAGAAAUUGGAUUUGUUUUCAGAGCAUGCAUCGGGGCUUCUUAAAACGAUAUAUGGUGGGGCAAUUCAAGCACUUCCUUCUAGUUUUAGCCUCAGGAAACAAUUUCUUGAGAUACUGGAAUCAAUAGAGGUGGCAGAUUCAGAGGAGCUUCGUAUUGAGAUACUGAGGGAUAUGAAGAGAGACUUUUCAGCUGAUCCUGAAUAUUGGAAUUGGUUAGCAAGACUUGAAAUGCCUGAUGCCUCAAUUACGGGGGAGAAGAAUGAAGAUGCCAUGCAUUCUCGGUUGCAAAAGGCAGUUCAGGUUUAUGAAGAGGCAAUAAAAGCAGUGCCUUCAGCCCCGAUGUUUAAAUUGUACAUAAAUUUUUUGCUGGAUGCCAUUGCUUCUGAAAGAAGAGAAGUAGAAGCCUUUAGCUUAUCCAAUCAUGCCUCCAGCUAUAUUUCAGAUAUCUUGAAGGUUUAUGAGAAGGCUGAAACAACAGGGUGUCUUACUGAAGAACUUGCUUGCCAAUGUAUUUCAUUUUACACACAACUGGGGAGAUUGGAGGAAGCCAAGAAAGUAGCAGAGAACCUUUGCAUUGGAAAACUUUCAGAUUCGGUACAACUGUGGCUUUUAAGGGUUUCAGUAGAAAUUAGAUGUAUCACAAAGGAUUCUCUUUCUCCUAGCAAGGCUGAUGCAUUAUCCAUCUUUGAACUUUUUAGAACUGUUCUAACAAAAAUGUCAAUAUCAGAAGCUGAGAGCUUGUGGAUAAUGGCUCUCAAAUUCUUUGCAAAUCAGAAAAAAUCUUUUGAGAAGCUGAUUGAACUUUCUCUCAAAGCAGUCGCUAAAUAUGGUGGCAAUGAGAAUGGGUUCUCUCUUUCUUCAGCUGUAGUUAAUUUCAUCCUUCAAAAGGAUGGACUUAAACAUGCAAGAGAGGUUUAUAAGCGAUUCCUGGCUCUACCUCAUCCAGGUCUUGCAUUAUACAAAAAUUGCAUUGAAUUAGAGUCAAAUCUCGCUUCUCUUGGCAACGAGGAUUCUCUAGUAAAUACCCGAAAGUUGUACGAAGCUGCGCUUGCAACUUAUGACCAAGACACUAGCUUAUGGAAAGAUUACCAUUCCCUGGAAACUAAGUUGGGAACAUCAGAAACUGCUGCUGCGAUCUAUUGGCGGGCUCGGAAAUCCUUAAAGGACUCUGCUGUAGAUUUUACUUCCCCUGAUCAGUUAUAAUUUCUGCAUAUUUUUGACAGUUUCUGCAAUUUUGAUGUCCAUUAUCUUAGGGAAAACAGAGGAAAUCCAGUAAUCUUUAGUUCCAAAA